UGGGGAGGGGGGUGGGCGGGAGGUAGAAUCGGGUAGGCUGACACAGGCAGACUGCGAUGAACCCCCAGUUUGUUGGGAUCUUGCUCAGCUCCCUGCUGGGGGCUGCCUUGGGAAACCGAAUGCGGUGCCAGGACUGCGGUGGAAGCUCCAGCAGCUCUUGUAAAGAGGCCGUGACGACCUUGUGGUGAGGACAGCCGCAGCCAGGCCUGGAACAGCUCAAGCUACCUGGAAACCCCUCAGUGACCUUGAUUCAUCAACAUCCAGCCUGCGUGGCAGCCCAUCAUUGCAAUCAAGUGGAAACAGAGCCAGUGGGAGACAUGACUUAUCCAGCCCACAGGGACUGCUACCUUGGAGACAUGUGCAACAGCGCCGUGUCAAGCCAUGUGGCCCCUGCAUGCAUUUUGGCUGCAGCAGCUACCGCCCUGGGCUGGCUCUUGCCAGGACUGUGGAGAGGGUAGUGGGAGUAGGGAGGGGUAGAGAAGGGAGCAAGGGAGCAAGGGUCGUCUGAACAUCUAAAAUGAGAAAACAAGCAUUCUUCUGUGAGCCAUUAAAAUCUAUGGACCACUCUA